GCAGUCAUCAGAGACAACAACAAAACCUGAGAAAUCGUUUCUGCAAAGAAAGAGAGAGAGAUGAGGUUGUUCGAUCCAUGGCCAGUGUUCUUCAAGAGAGAAUGGAAACGUUGCUGGCCAUUCCUCACCGGUUUCGCCGUCACCGGCGUUCUCAUCACCAAGUUAACCGCCGGAUUCACUGAGGAAGAUGCCAAGAACUCCAAGUUCGUCCAGCAACACAGGAGGUAA